UCUCUCCAGAAGUUGUGUUCUCUGCUCUGUUCUCCCCUGUUCAUAUAUAGGUGAGUGCGGGAUUCUGUGGCGGAGAAACAAAAAGCAAUCUCUUUGUUUGCUUAUAUAAAGAUUUGGGUUUCUUCAAAGUUAUCACCUUUGAGGGAAAAAAACAAUAUCUUUUGUUUCUUUGAGGAGAUUGAAGGAUUCAAAAGGGCUGAGAUUUUGUCUGCAAUGGUUUCUAUGUCUGAGAUUUGGUUUGCUGAGCUGGAAAAAGUUGAGGAGGGAGAGUGGGAGAAGGAGAGAUAAGAAGAGAAGAAGGAAUACCCAGAAAGCUGGGAAAAGAAAAAAAAGAUAAAGAAAGGGAUUUUGAUUUAUUUUGAUCUGCUGCUUCUGGGUGGUCGGCAAUGUCUGCUGCAACUAUGAUCGGCGAUUCGAUGGUGAUAUCAGCACCAGAAACUCAACCUGCAGCUACGAUACUAGCUUCACAGAUUGAAGUUGAAUUUGCAAUCUGUGACUGUUGUGGGCUGACAGAAGAAUGCACACCAGCCUACAUAGAGAGAAUCAGAGAGAGAUAUUAUGGGAAAUGGAUUUGUGGGUUAUGUGCUGAAGCUGUGAAAGAUGAGAUUGUGAGGUCUGAAAGGCUUGUGAGUACAGAAGAGGCAAUGACCAAGCACAUGAAUUUCUGCAAGAAGUUCAAAACCUCUGAACCUCCUGCAAAUCCAACUGUUCAUUUGAUUUCUGCUAUGAGACAGAUUCUUAGGAGGAGCUUGGAUUCUCCUAGGGCCUUGAGGUCCUCCUCACCAAACUCUGACAUUCCUCAUCAUAGCCCUGGUUUUGCCAGCUCUGAGAGCUGCUUCUCCGCUCUGUCUGGUUCAUGAAAAAGGGGGAAUAGUUGCAGAUGCCCCCCCAAUCUUUGAGACAUUUGCAAAUAUCUCCCUCAAGAAACCGGUGAUUUAAUCCCUCAACUAUAACAAUUUUACUCCUUAUUGCCUCCUUACUAGAUGAAAAUGAGGAGUUUAAUCCCAGAGACAUGACAGUUGAGGGAAUAAUAUUUUUAGUUUUCAAGUUUGAAGAAAACGUUCUGUGAAUGGAUCAAAAUUGAAAGCGGGGGUAUCUGCAUUUUGCUGUACAAGAAAGGAAGGUAUGGGAUGGGAAUAAAACAAGUCGCUGCAAAGGGGAAAUACGCAUUUGAUUGGUCAGAAGUGUAAGCAAAAUAAUGGCAAUUAAAGACAUAAAAAGGUCAAGCUGAAGCUAGAUGUUCAUUUAUAUAUAGAUGUAGCUUGUGCUGGUACAGAGCUUUGAUGUGCUUGAACUACAAUAUAAAAUAUUGCUUCAUUGGUACCAGCUACCUUGUUUUCUGUACUAAUUUGAUAAUGAAUAGAAUAAACCUUGUGUUCAAGCAAACUGUGAUUGAAUAUGGUCAAAAUCAGUUAUGAUU